AUGGCGCUGCUGUCGGCCCCUCUCACCGCCACUCGCGGCUGCGUGCCGUGUGUGGCGCAACCACUCCCCGCCCCUCGUGCGCCUGCCCCCGCCGCAUGCGCGCUCCCCUGUUCCGCGCGCCCCCUCCCCGUGAACCGCGCAACACGUCGCUCGUACGCGUUAGCAGGCUCUCCGUUAGCGGCGCGCAUGCAUGGGCGCGGGGGCUGGCUGAGGGGAUGGCGGCGUGCGUCCGCUGCUGAUGACAAUAGUGCCAAGGAUACAGCUGACGCGGCACGCAGUGAGGAUUACAAGCCUCAAGCUGACGUGGAUGAUGUAUCUGAUGACAUGGCGGAGGCGUCUGCGGCAGCAGCUGAGCUGGCAGCUGAGAUGGCGGGCGAGGCUGCGGCUCAGGCUGCCAGCGUGUAUGCCGCCACGGCUGCGGCUGAGGGGAUGGAGGAGGAGGAAGAAGUGGGAAUCGAGGAGGGGAAAGGGGAGGGCAUUAAGGGGGCGGUGUCAGCUGCAGUGGGCGCUAGGGAGUCUGCUGCUGACGGUGCUCCCUCUGAUGUCAAAAAGGCGAGCCAGCAGCAGCAGGAGCAGCAGCAACAGCAGCAGCAGCCGCCGCCGCCCAGUCGUCCUCUGCCACGUCAGCCUCAGGCCUCCAGCGCACCAGCUGUAGCCGGGCUGCGGCGCACGGUGUGGGGGCAGGAGGGCGUGGCGCCACAGUACCCCCCGUUACAGGAACACGUGACUGUAGACGUGGCGGUGGUGGGCGGUGGCAUCAACGGGCUCAGUGUGGCAUACUCUCUGCUGGAUAAACACCGCAAGGGGAGGGGCGCGGGGGGAGGAGGCAAGGACUUGUCGGUGAUGGUGCUUGAGGCUCGUGCCAUCGGUUCGGGCCAGACGGGCCGCACGACCGCGCAUCUCAUGCCGUGGAACGACGACUACUACAGUGUGCUCGAGCGGCUCUUCGGGCGGCGCCGGGCGGCUCUAGUGGGCAGGAGCCACGUGGCAGCCAUUGAUUGGGUGGAGCGUGUGGUGCGGGAGCACGGCAUAGAGUGCGAGUUUGAGCGAGUGGAUGGCUACCUCUUUCCCCAUGACAACUCCGAUGAGGCUAACCGCAAGAUGCUCGAGGUGGGUGGGCAGGGCGCAUGGUUACAUGCGGUUGAUGGAUGGGUGGAGCUGGCAGCGUGUGAGCGCAUCGGCCUGUCGGACACCUCUCUGGUGGACCUGCAAGGCGACCCCGCCCUCGGCUCGCUCUCCUCUGCCCUGCGCUUCCCCAACGCUGCUGACUUCCACCCCCUCAACGAGUGCGAUCACGGGCAUGGGAGGGAAGAUCCACGAGAACACGCGGGUGAUAAGAAGAAUGCAUGCAAGCAACCUCUCUCUCAUGCACGUCUGCCUCUCCCUCUCCAUGCCUUCUUCCACAGGUACCUGCAGGGGCUCGCGAGUGCAGUCACAGCGAUGGGAGGGAAGAUCUACGAGAGCACACGGGUGAUCCGCAACUCAUCCCUCUCCACCACUCUCGAGCUCAACACGGGCGUGCGCGUGACAGCUGGCAGCGUCGUAUUGGCCACCAACUCGCCCAUCAACCACAACCUGGCGGUGCACGCCAGGCAGAGCGCCGACAGGACCUAUGUGGUUGGGCUGGCUGUUCCCAAGGGCAGUGUGCGGUGA